AUGAUGUGCAUGAUUGAUGUCUCGGUGGCUUUACGGGAGCCAGGGUCUGCAAACGAUCAUCGUGGCCUUGGCCGCCGCGCGCGCUCGCACGACGAAGCGCUGCCGUGGUGGCCCAGACAGCGCUGCCACGGUCUCACGACGACGAUGCAGGCUGCUGUCCACACGCCCAGCUGCGUCGACGGCUGUCCCGCCGCGGUGUUCGGGCUGGACGUGCACCUGUUCGCCGGGAUAGGUGGUGGUGCCUGGUUAGCUAGCGUCGCGUUCCCCUGGGGCCGUGCUCCCCAUCUUCCCUUUGCCAUGCUGUUCACGGGCUCGCUCGCGCACUCAGCCUCAGCCUCUGCCUCUGUGCCGCCGCCGCCGUCUCUCCUGCCCAUUGCGGGUCGCGACAUGGGCUCGCGCCGAAUCGUCGUCCCCGCCCUGCGCGCUUUUGCACCGUCUCUCUGCUGUCGCGAGCAGCCCCGUGGUGACUGA